AUGAGCUUCGAAGGCGUAACAAAUGGUCGUGCACUGACAUCGGCAGCCAUCGGCGCGUCCAUUGCGUCGACGCUGUGGAUUUCCGGCUUCGCUCUCGCGUUUCGAAAAGCCAACAUCGUCGAAACCAGUCUCAUGUUUUCCUACGUCGUCUUCAACGUGUACCAGCUCAGUACGACGCUCGUACUCGGUUCAGAUCCACUUGAUCUGCUUCAAUCCUUCCGCAGCGCCCGGUUCCCAGCCUUACUGAUCCAUGGCCACACUGUGGCGCUGCUUGAUCGUAUCGUGCGUGCGUUGGAAAAUGGCUUGCGUGUUUUGACCGUGGCCCUUGAAACACUGCCGCCCACGGUGAUCGUGAGCCUCGUCUACCGCUUAGCAAUUAUGUACCUUGCGACGCGCGUGUUGGUUCUGUUCCAGCUCCAAACCAAGCGGCGGGUCCGUGUGCCGGAAAAUCCGCCACAGUCUCUGUCUCAGCAGGUUGAGUCAGAGAAGCUCUCAGAGCUGCUGCACAAAGCCAAAGAGCCUGAUUCACCCAAUGAGACCAAAGAUGCCCCUGACUACUUGAGCAGCCGGCCUAUGCCGGAGACGAGUGAUGACAAGGAAGAGGAGAGAAAAAUGGACAUGCGGCCAUCAUCCAUCGGGAUGUUCUUCGUGCGGUACUCGCGUUUUAUUCUCAUCACCGUGUACAGUCAUCUUUUGUUACUGGAUCAGAAUCACCAGAUCUACUGGCGCAUGCUCGCUGUCUCCUUCACACUUGGCAUGUGGGGUAUCGAAUUACUCCUCAGCAAGGCGGACGAUGUGAUUUUUGAGUAA